AAGUCCUAUCUUUAUGUUGUCCCCCGCUCACUGCGCCAGAAGGUGUUACAAGGUGUUCACGAUGAGGCUGGUCACCAGGGUCAGCAACGGACUCUGUAUCUGACUAGACAGAGGUUUUAUUGGAUUGGCCUAGUGCAUGAUGUUACUGAGUAUGUACAACACUGCAGACGGUGUGUUGUCAGCAAGUCACCAGAGCCAGAAGCCAGAGCUCCUUUGAAAAACAUAAGGACCUCGGAACCUCUGGAACUUGUCAGUAUUGAUUUCUGGACUGCUGAGGAUUCUUCAAACAAUUCACUGGAUGUGCUAGUGGCUACUGACCACUUCACAAAGAUGGCACACGCUUUCUUGUGCCCCAAUCAGUCGGCUAGAGCAGUCGCACACCAACUGUGGAACAACUACUUCUGCAUCUAUGGGUUUCCCAAGCAACUACAUUCCGAUCAGGGGGCCAGUUUUGAGAGUUUGCUCAUUGCAGAGUUGCUGAAUGUGGCGGGCGUGCAAAAGUCCCACACUACGCCUUAUCACCCCAUGGGAAAUGGCUCGUGUGAGAGAAUGAACCGGACUCUAGGCAACAUGAUUCGAGCACUGCCACCAAGAGCUAAACAUCGUUGGCCUGAGGCCCUGAAAUCUCUGACAUUCGCCUACAAUUGUACAGUGCAUGAGACGACAGGGUAUGCACCGUUCCUGCUCAUGUUUGGGAGGGUGCCACGUCUUCCAGUGGACGUUAUCUUUGGUUCGGCGCUCAGUGAUCCAGAGGUGGUGGACUAUGAUCGCUAUGUUGAGACCCUGCGAAAGGACAUGAGAGAAGCUAUGGCCGUAGCCCAGUCAACAGCAACUAAACAGCUCCAGCGUCACACUGAGCUAUACAACCGGAGAGUACGUGGUGUACCGGUGGAAGUGAACGACAGAGUGCUGCUGGCCAACAAAGGAGAACGUGGAAAAAGGAAGCUUGCUGACCGCUGGGAUAGCACGGUGUAUGUGGUGGUUGGAAAGGAUGACGAGAGCCACACCUUCAGGAUCCAGAAUCCCACUACAGGCCAAGUAAAAGUGGUUCACCGCAAUCUGAUAAUGUCGAUAAACUUUCUGCCUUUACCUCAGGAUGACCAGGAGGAGGUUGUUCUGUCUCCGACAUCAAGUUCACUUGACCUCAGUGUCGAGAGGUCAGCAAUCGGUGAUGUAAUUUCUGACUCAGCAGAGUUUAGAACAAGAGUGUGGGUAUCUGACCUACCUUUGGGAGCAGGCAGGGAGACAGAUGCAGAAGAUGCUGAGCAGGUGGAGGGCACUGUGCUGGAGGGAGCUGUAGAACCUACUAAUGCCCUACCAGAGGUGUUGCCUCUAGCCCACCCAGUCCUUGAUCAGUUACAACCCUCUGAUGGAGCUGCUUUGAUGGACAGCAGUUCAGCAGACUCUGGUUGCUCAGCAGUCCUAAUGGCUUGCCCAGAGACCUUUCCAGCUCCUGUUACGGACACUCUCACUGAUGUACCUGCUACUAGUACUACUACAGUGACAGUAGUUGAUGGUGCGACUGCCCGUAGAUCUAGAGCUGGGCGAUUGUUGAGACCAGUGACUAGACUUAUUGAAAUGAUGCACCAAAGAACAGCAUUAGUUUGAUGAGUUCUUACUUAUAAAACUACAGUUUUGUGUGUUUCAAUUUUGACCUUGAGGUUUUGUAACGAUUUUGAUAUUUCAUGUUUGUUUUACUAUUUGCGAGGUGAGGUUGCAGUUGCAUAUUAACAAAAUAUGUAAAUGGGCAUAUUUUUUUCCCCUAUGUAUGUAGGUGGGGUUUGGCCAACCUUUUCUCAUACUGAUCCUCAUGGGAUAGUCUAAGUGACUGGGUAUUUGUAACUGUAAAUUCGAUGUGAUUGUACCUCACAAGUGACUUUGGAAACGGUGGUUGUGUAUUGGUUUCCUGUGCAUUUGAAUAGAGUUCUUACUCCAUUUUGUGCGUUUGUACCUGUGGUUUUACUGUAUUUUUUUCUUUAUCUUUCUUGCUUUUUCUAUUUUUGUUUUGUUUGUUGUAAUGGGGCAAGUGGAAUUCAGCAGGAGGGAGUGUAACAGAGUUAAUGUUGUAUAGAAUUCCACUUGUCAUUACUCCCAAGUUUGGGUUCAUGUGUAAUGGGUGAAACAGCGCCCCCUCCUGGUGGUUGGCAGUGUUAAAUAUACUGAACACAGAUAUCUCGUUGCCAGUUCAUGAGAGAUGAGCGCGAGGUGCUGUACCCGCUGUGAUGAACCUGAUUCCUGAUCAGUUAUUAUCCUGUUCCAUACAGGUACAUAUUGUUUUAUUUCUUUGUAUUUUUGUGUAAUAUUAAUGUAUUAAAUACGGCCGUUGGCCAGUUCAUGAGAGAUGAGCGCGAGGUGCUGUACCCGCUGUGAUGAACCUGAUUCCUGAUCAGUUAUUAUCCUGUUCCAUACAGAUAAAUACCAUUUCAUCUCAUCCUGUCUCCUGGCCCUGAUUCACACAACGCAGAACUGAGUUGAACUGGGCGAUCACGAUUAUCGAGGUUACAUAUG